GCUCUUGCUCGCACGGACUCGCGGCAAGGAUGGCGACCAUGGCCGUGCGCGUGAGGACGGCGCCGCCGCUCGCCGGGACCGAGCGCCGGCCCUCCGCCGCGGUGCGGCCGUUGGCUUUCCUCUCCUUUGCCGUCGCCUCCACGGGGGCCCGCGGCCGGGUUGGGCGUGGGCUGAGCGCGACGACUGUGGGGAGUGGGAGCGCGGCCAGGGCUCGCGCCGUUCCGCGCGGCAUCGUUGCCUCCUCGGAGGUUGAGCAAAGCUACGUUAUGAUAAAACCUGAUGGUGUUCAGCGUGGCCUGUUUGGGGAGAUCAUUUCUCGCUUUGAGAAGAAAGGUUUUUUGUUGAAGGGCUUAAAGCUUUUUCAGUGUUCCACGGACUUGGCUCAGAUAAACCUUUCUUUCCAACAUUACAAGGAUUUGAAAGAUAAACCUUUCUUUCCAACUCUGAUUGAUUACAUAACUUCUGGCCCUGUUGUUUGCAUGGCCUGGGAGGGUGAUGGUGUUGUUGCAUCAGCUCGCAAAUUAAUCGGAUCUAAUAAUCCCCUUCAAGCUGAACCAGGAACCAUAAGGGGUGAUCUCGCAGUUCAAACAGGAAGGAAUGUUGUUCAUGGAAGUGAUAGUCCUGAUAAUGGCAAGCGUGAAAUUGCUCUGUGGUUCGAAGAAGGCGAGCUCUGCCAAUGGGAAUCAGUUCAAACACCUUGGCUUGUAGAGUGAUUUCUGCUGAUGGCUGUGAGAUCUGUAUUGAAUGUGUGUUUGUUCAACUUUAGUCAUGGGGCCAUGUAUGAGCAUAUGAGUUUAGUUUGGUGUAGCAAGUUAACUCAUCGGUCGACAGUUUCGGUAUAUAUUACCCUUCAUCGGGAUGCUCUUUUUGUAAUGUUGAGCAUCUGUGCAACUGAAACCUUUCAUCAGUUGUUCUGGAGCAUUUUCUUCCUCACAUUUGCAUGUAACGUCAUGCACUGAAUACAGGCAACAAAAUUACAGGCCAUUUGUUAGCUUUGGUUGUAUUUCA